CAAACAAAUAAACAUGCCGAACGAGCAAUAACGACAAACGACAACGACAACGGCAGCAACGGCAACGACAAAACGAUUCGCCCGCCUGAGUCCGAUAUUUCGAAUGUAGUGAUUCAGUACGCUGUGUGGCUGUGCGAAAAAACUAUCAAAACAUUCCGCCUUCGCUGGUGUUCAUUGCACAAAUAAUAAAGCAACGCCAAAGCAUAACGGAUAAGGUAGUCCUGUUAACUGAAUUGCAAUUAAAUACAGUGUUUUUAAAGAAUUUUGAAAAAUAAGUUUCGAAAAAUAGAUUUCGAAAAAAAAAGUUUUGAAAAUUUUCGAAAAAAAAUUGAAUUUUUUUCGUGAAAAUUGUUUGAAAAAAUAUUUGCUUGUAUUUGUAAAGUGCAGUUAUAGAACAACAAUUGAUUUUGUUUGUUGUAAACGCGUGUCGUUCGGUGCAAAAACGUUGAAUUAAAUUUUUUUCGGCAGCUGCUUGUGUUUAAUCACACACACACAUAUAUAUAUAGAGACAAACGCGCCGCUAGUGCAUAGUUAUCUGCCAUAAUCAGCAGAUUCCUCAAAUUGUCAUUGGGACAAAUUAUCGAAAAUUUCUCUUUCACUUCGGGAAAGCCAGCCAGCCAUGACAUCAGUGCGCAACAAUGCAGUCUCCGCGAGCGUCGCCGCUCUGCUGCUGGGAUGGGUUAUUUUUGGGUGCCUCAAUAAUUCGGUACUGGCAGAUGUCGCGCAGAAAUCAGAUGAAAAAUCCACAGACAGCACAGAUCCAGAUGACUUUUACGACGAGUCAAGCCCUGAGAAUAUAAAGGCGCCAUCCAAAUCGCCACAACCAACAAUAACUCCGUAUUUUGAGGAGGCAAAGAAAACUGUUUAUGCCAAAAAGAACGCCACAGUGACUUUAACUUGUCCAGUGAAGGAUUAUGACGAAUCGCAUCACCUAAUUGUCUGGUUUAAGAACAACAACACCAUCACCACCGGGCAGGAAAUCGUCGCCGACGCAACACUCUAUCAUCUGGACAAGGACAUGAAUUUGGUUGUGAAUCACGUGUCGGAGAAGACCGCUGGCGACUACUCGUGCACCGUUAUGCCGCAUAAAGCCAAAAUGGACAUACAUUUGAUAAUCGGCGAGGAGCCUGUGGCCGAUAAUAAACAGAUAAUGGUGAGCGCAAGCGCUCUACUCCUGCUCUCCACAUUGCUGGCGCGAGAAUUGAGCUUUGGCAUUUUACGUUUAGAUACAUUCUUUUAGGCAUGCAGUUCGUAAGCGCAGCUUCUUACAUAUUUACAUAUUUAGCGAAUGUGUGAGAAAUGCAAAGAAAAUGCAAACAAAAAAAGAUAUUAUUGUAAUUGUACCAUAGCUGAGAAUAAUUGUUUUUGUAUUUAUUUUAUUUUUUUUUGUAAUUUUUGUCUGCAUCCACUAAAUACCACAACUUGCAUACUUUAUAGCAGAAGACUUAAACCCACAGGCAGUUAGUACAUAAAUAUAGAGUACCCGUUUAUGGUACCAAAUACCAAAUAGGCAGGCAAUUAUAUAAUGUAGUGCAUUUGAUAGUAUAGAAAACAGUAUAAUAGCGAUGAACACCAUAGUACUUUAAACGAAUAUGUGUAUGUAGGUAUGUAUGUGCAGUGAAUUGGCUUGCAAGAGCUUUUUAACGCUGGAAAAACUGUAAAUUUGUUGUGAAGCAAUGAUAUUUAGCAUAUUUCAAGUUUAAAUUGCGCAUAAAUGGAUUUUCAUCGAAACGACGUAUGCACAUUUUUGGUAUUCGUCGAAAGGAUGAACUAAUAUUUUUCGAGAAUACUGAAGUAAAAUAAUGAUUAUGAAGAAAAAAUGUUUUAUUUUUAUAAAAGAAAAUCUCAUACAGUAUCAGAAAAGUCUAAUUUUAGUCUUCAUCGAAAGGACGAACACGUAUUUCUACAAAUAUGUUUAUUUUUUUUAAUAAUUCACAAGGAAAAAAAUUUCGUUCCUAUGAAAAAGUAUAAUUUUGGUUUUCCUCGAAAGGUCGUAUUCGCUUUUUUACUUUUCGUGGAAAGGAUGAACCCAUAUUUUUUCGGGAAUGAUAAUUUUUGUAAUGAUUAUAAGGAAAUAAUUUAUUUUUGUUAAA